AUGGACGCAAAGGUCUCAGGUAUCAUCUCGGGCGCAGCCAACCGCAAUAAAAUGCCUGAAUACUUACGAAUUCUCGAUCAAAUUCUUCAUGGCCUUCACGAGCCUUCGAGGUCUCAGCACCUGAAAGAAUCUCGAAGAGGCGACGUUUUGGUCCGGGAAUUAGGAGGCCCUAGCCGUCUUCGGUCCAAGAUACUGGAAGUUAUCAACCCUGAAAUCCUUGCCAUUCUGCAGGGUGAGAGAACCAGUCUGGAAUCUCUUCUUCGGGUGAAAAAGUACGAAUAUCCAACCGACGGCUCUUGCCCUUGGGCAGUGUAUCUUCAUCUCCUCGAAAGACGCAUCAGAGAGCACACAAGAGAGCGAAUUCGCUUCCAGCAGAGACUUGAAGCCGAGCGAAACAUCGGAGACCAUAAAAAGCUGCCCUCCAGCCAUGUGGCCUUUUGGGUUCUGAGGGCAACACACAAUGCCUGGGCCAAGUUUGCACAGCUGCCAAGACAGCCCGCCACCGAGACUGAAAAAGAUCGACGACAGCUACUCUUGACCAUUUUCGAAGAGUACGCCGCCCUCAUCUUCCGGACACUGCUGCCGAGCGAGCUAGCUUUGAGGCUGCCUCCAGAUUGUGAAGUACAGCCUUAUUCGUGGGCCGGGCUCAACAUCUGUGACCCCCUGGACCAGCUGAUAAACGGUCUGAGGUCGUACGCGAAGAGCUCCAAAAAUAGCAAAAUGGGGAGACUUGGACUCCAACUCUAUGAAGAGCUCUGGAGGCAUGUGGACAUCUCGAAAGGCGAUUCAGAGACUAUUCCCAUCGUCUGCGGGGAGUGCAGGAAUGCAUCGACUGGUCUGCUAGACGAGGAGCCCCUGUUUGAAGUGCCAUCAGGCGCUUACCUAGCCAUGUCAAAGCACUGCAGCAAAUGCAGCCGAAGGCGCAUUCAUGUGCCAAGGGAUCAGUCCCGCCCCUGA